GCGCCUUAAGCACGUAAACAAUUUACGAUAUUAGGUUUUUACACAUGUUUAUAAGUUCUUGCAAAAUAUAAACAAAUACAUUUAUUGUAUUUAAUAAUUUAAUUUUAAAAAUAUAAAUUUUUUGUGAAAUGACACAAAGUUAUAAAUCAAAAAAAGUGCUACGAAAACAACAGCGUUGCAUUGCAAUUGUCGAAAAGGAUUGUGGAGUACAAGCCAGUGAGACUCCUACACGUAAUUUGGCUAUUCUGAAUGCCGGUUUAUCAACAGGCUUGACAGAAGAACUUGUAUUAACCACAGUCAAUCAACAUGGCGCCAUUAACCAACUCUUUAUGCUACCUAACAAAUCUUACUGCUUUUUGGAAUGUGCCACAAUAAAAGAUGCGGAAAGCAUAUACGAAACCCUACAUAACUGUUCGCACAUUGGACAAAAUGAAGCCGUUGUAUAUUUAUCAUAUUUUAAAGAGCUUCCAACUGCUAUAGACAAUAAAUGGUUGCUACCUUUACCAAAUGGUCUAACAAUCUUACCAAACUUCGUCACACCAGACGAGGAAGCACUGCUGUUGACAGCUAUUAAUAAUAAAACUGUGGAUACUGUUGCUGGUGAACUAAAACAUCGACAGGUUCAACAUUUUGGUUACGAAUUUAUAUAUGGUAAAAAUAAUGUUGAUAUUAAUAGACCACUUGAUAAACAGAUACCAACUGCAUGUGAUAUACUUUGGCCACGUUUGCAAUUAGAAGCUGAAAAACUUAAUCUAAAACUAGAUUGGAAAAUACCAGAUCAAUUAACAGUAAAUAAAUAUGCACCCGGUCAUGGUAUACCAUCACAUGUCGAUACACAUAGUGCUUUUCUCGAUCCUAUACUCUCACUUUCAUUGCAAAGUGAUGUAGUCAUGGAAUUUCGCAGAGGCAAUGAACGUGUGCCAGUCUUAUUACCAAAACGUUCAUUACUAAUAAUGUCUGGGGAAUCACGUUAUGAUUGGAUGCAUGGCAUAACACCACAUGUUUAUGAUGUAGUACAAUCCUCAAAUGGUGCACUAACACUUAGUAAACGAACUGAACGUACGUCACUAACCUUUAGAAAAUUGCGACGUGCACCAUGUAAUUGCAACUUUCCAACUUUAUGUGAUACUCAUAUUGAGAAAAUAAAAACUACUGCCACUACAUUCGUUACUGAAGAUGAUGCCGCAAAUUUGGAGGAACAAAAUGUACAUAAAGUUUAUGAUGAAAUUGCUAAUCACUUCAGUGAAACACGUCAUACACCUUGGCCUCGGGUGGCAGAAUUUAUAGAUAGCUUUGUAAUUGGUUCAGUGCUUUUAGAUAUUGGCUGUGGUAAUGGAAAAUAUUUGCAUUGUAAUAGAAACAUUCUGUCAAUUGGUUGUGAUCGAACCAAUGGUUUACUUAAUGUUUGUGUGGGUAAUAAUAAAAAUGCUUUUAGAUGUGAUUGCUUAAAUGUUCCUGUAAGAUCGGCGUCUGUAGAUGCUUGCAUUAGUAUUGCUGUCAUACAUCAUUUGGCAACUGAGCAACGUCGUCUAGCAGCUGUGAAAGAAAUGGCACGUGUUUUAAGGAAAGGUGGCAGGGCACUGAUAUAUGUGUGGGCUAAAGAUCAAAAAUCUGGUGGAAAUAAAUCAAGUUAUCUUAGACAGAAUAAAGCUGUAAAUAAAAGUAAAGUUACUGAAGACCAACAACGUCAGUUGACGGCUCACACUGUGGAAUUACAAUCCAACGAUUUAACUUAUAAUUUACCUGUGCAUACAAACCGUACUGAAUUUCAACAACAAGAUGUCUUAGUACCAUGGAAACUUAAGGGUGCGGAUGCACCAAUAAAUGAGCACAAGGCAACCUUCUUAAGAUACUAUCAUGUAUUUGAAGAAAAGGAAUUAGAAGCUUUAGUUGCGAAAGUAGAAGAAGUUGACUUGAUAAGCAGUUAUUAUGAUCAAGGAAAUCAUUGCGUUAUAUUUGAGCGAAAAUAAAAAAAUAUGUUGUAACUAUU